AUGGCAAAUAUCAUUCUUUCAAUCAAUGCCGGGUCGUCUUCCUUAAAGACAACGGUGUUCAAAGAAGUACAGGAUGGAGAAGAGAAGCAGCUACAGCGGCUAGCUUCCGCCCAAAUCUCGGCCAUCAACCAGCCACCAGCACAGUUCAAAUACGUUCGCGGUGACCACAAGAAGUCAUCUGAGGCAGGCUCUAUUCAUGACCACAAAGAGGCAUUCGAAUAUGUCCUCAAUGCCUUCCUCUCGGACCCAGACAUCCCAGAGGUGGCCAGUAAGGACGAUUUUCAUUAUGCAUGCCACCGAACUGUACAAGGAGGUGAUUUCGAGGACGAUCAAUUGAUCGACAAGAGCACAUUUGAAAAGAUCGAAAAGUUGUCGGAUCUAGCGCCCUUGCACAAUGCUUCCGCCGUUAGUCUAAUGACUGCAUGUCAUGAAGAUCUUCCUAAAGUCGUCAAUGUCGCAUGCUUCGACUCUGGCUUCCAUCAUACCAUGCCCGACUAUGUCAAGACCUAUGCUAUUGACCAGAAAAUUGCGAAAGAGAAAGGCCUGCGCAAGUACGGGUUCCACGGUCUUAGUUAUAAGUACAUCACUCGAAGGGUGGCUGAAGACCUUGGCAAACCACAGUCUGAGAUCAAUCUCAUUGCGCUCCACCUUGGAAGCGGAGCAUCAGCUUGUGCAAUCAAGAAUGGGCAAUCCAUAGACACCACGAUGGGAUUGACCCCGGUCUCCGGCUUGCCCGGUGGCAGUCGGUCGGGCGACAUUGACCCCAGUCUAGUCUUUCAUUACACCUCGGACGCCAGUGCUUUGAGUCCUAGCAGCACAAAAGAUUUGCAUAUAUCGACGGCCGAAGAUAUUUUGAACCGCCGAAGUGGGUGGCUCGCUUUGACCGGCACAAGCGACUUCUCAAAAAUUGCGGACCCGAAAGCGCCGGACACCCACCAACUUGCAUUCAACAUCUUUGUCGAUCGAGUAAUUGGUUACAUCGGUAACUACUACGUCAAGCUCGAAGGCCGAGUAGAUGCUCUGGUGUUUGCUGGAGGUAUAGGCGAAAGAAGCGCCUAUUUACGAAAGGUCGUAACCCAAAAAGUGGCGUGUCUGGGUUUUACUCUGGAUGACGAAAAGAACGAAGGUGCCGCCGAUGGAAACGAUGUUGUGGAUAUUGGUUCAGACGGCAAAACGCCGCGGACUCUUGUGUGCGAGACAGAUGAGGAUUUUGAAAUGGCGUAUAAUUGCAUGCUUCAUCCGAAAUGA